AUGGUAAAAUCAUACAACCGAUUCGAGGCCGAGGCCGUGUUUGGCGUCGUGUCGUCGAGCAAUGCGCUGUGGCUGAAAAAUUCAAAUUCCAGUACUGGACGGGCCGUGACAGGGGCUCUAGAGACAGUUCUGGCCUGGGACAUCAAGGCCGGAACCUGUGUUCAGAAGCUGUCAGACAGCGAUCUGGCAGUCGGAACAGGUGCCACGGUGGCAACUGCGUCUCCUCCGGUUGUUUCUGUGCUGACAAACUAUUUUUCCGAACUGCUAGCUGCGGGAUACACCGACGGCAGUAUCCGGGUGUUUGACUAUCGAUCUGGCCAGGUAAUGACCACCUUCAAGGGCCACAAGUCUUCAAUCACAUGUCUCGAGUUUGACGCAAGUGGAACCCGGCUUGUUUCCGGCUCGCGUGACUCCAACGUGAUUCUGUGGGACCUAGUUGAAGAGGUGGGCGUGUCUCGACUGCGAUCCCACCGAGACCAGGUGACGGGAGUCAAGUUCCUAGACGAAAAGAAACUCAUCACGUGCGCCAAGGACGGCUUGGUCAAGAUCUGGGACCUGGAGUCACGUGACUGCAUCGAGACGCGGGUGGGCGGCUCCGAGGUGUGGGCCAUGGACGUUUACAGCGACACCGUCAUGACUGUGGGGCGAGAAAAGGAGGUCAAGGUCUGGCAGGUGGAUUUGGACGCCAAGGACGGCGAGAUGCUCUCUCAGCGCGGUUCUCUGGAGCGGGUUUCCAACGACCGAGGCAUCGAUAUCGAGUUUUCCAAGGACGGCGGCCAUGUCAUCUUUUCCGGUAACGAUAAGACUGUGGAAUUGUGGCGACGACGAACUUUGGCCGAGAUCAAGAAAUCUAUUGCUAAGAAAAUCAAACGUCGAGUCAAGAAGGGUGAUACUGUUGACGAAGACGAGUACGACGAGAAGUCGGUCAACGAGAUCUGGGUGCAGGUGGUCAACUUCAAGACAUCUGCCAAGAUCAGAAACGUGACGUGGACGGGAUCAGAAUCGGUGUCUGGCGCCAACAAGGACGCCGCAGGCCUGCUGGUGGCGCUCACAAACAACUCUCUGGAGUACUACACCCUCGAGUUGGAGGACGGCAAGUUUAGCCGGGAUCACGUGAUCGAUCUGUGCGGCCACCGCGCCGACAUUCGGGCUCUGUCUCUUUCUUCUGAUGACAAGAUGGUGGCCUCCACCUCCAACGGUCAGCUCAAAAUCUGGAAUCUCAGAACCACAAACUGCAUUCGGUCCAUGGACUGUGGGUAUGCUCUGUGUGUCAAGUUUCUGCCUGGAGACUCGCUGGUGAUUGUUGGAACCAAGUCUGGACAGAUCCAGCUGUUUGAUGUUGCUUCCUCGUCUCUCAUUGACACUGUAGAUGCCCAUGAGGGAUCUCUGUGGUCUUGUGACGUUUCCAGUGACGGCAAAACCGUGGUUACGGGUGGAUCUGAUAAGCGGGUGUGUUUCUGGGAGCUGGCUGUUUCCUCGGAGACCGUUCCCGGUACUGGAGAGACCACUCAGAAGCUGAAGCUGAAGCAGACCCGUGUUCUGGAGCUGUCCGACGACGUUCUGUGCGUCACUCUAUCGUCAGAUAACAAGUACAUUGCCUGCUCUCUGCUGGACUCGACUGUUAAAGUCUUUUUCUUCGACUCGCUCAAGUUCUACCUCAACUUGUACGGCCACAAGCUGCCUGUUUUGGCCAUGGACAUUUCCAGCGAUUCCAACAUCAUCGUCACAUGUUCGGCCGACAAGAACAUCAAGCUGUGGGGUCUGGACUUUGGAGACUGUCGAAAGUCUCUGUUUGGACACGCCGACUCGGUCAUGAGCGUCAAGUUUGUACCCGGGUCUCACAACUUCUUUUCGGCAGGAAAAGACAGGCUGGUCAAGUACUGGGACGGAGACAAGUUUGACUGCAUCCAGCGGCUGGUGGGCCACGUCGGCGAGGUCUGGGCCCUCUGCGUGUCGUCUGCCGGUGACUUUAUUGUCUCCGGUUCGCAUGAUAAGAGUAUCCGAGUGUGGAUGGAGUCCGAUGACGAAAUCUUCCUCGAAGAAGAACGAGAAAAGGAGCUCGAGGAAAUGUAUGAGUCCACACUCGCCGUGUCUCUCGAGGGAGAGGGCCAGGAGCUCGACGAAGAUGACAAGGAAGACGCGGUCGUGGAUAAAGUGCAUAUGCAGACUGGAGAGACGCUCAAGGGCGGAGAAAAGCUCAUGGAGGCGCUGGAAAUGGGAACCGAGGACCUGGACCUGAUCGAAAACUGGAAGAUUGCCCAGGCAACCAACCCCAACGCGGCCUGCCCUCCCCGUCACGUGAUUCUCGCCACGCUGAAGCUGUCUGCCGAGCGACACGUUCUCAACGUUGUUGAGAAGAUCAAGCCAGCGCAGCUGGAGGACUCAUUGCUGGUGCUGCCCUUCAGCCACGUGAUGAAGCUGGUGCGGUUCAUCCAGAUCUGGACCGCCAAGGAGUGGUCUAUUCCUCUUGUGUGUCGGGUUCUCUUUUUCGUGACUCGAACUCACCAUAAGCAGAUUGUGGCUUCCCGGGAGCUCAAGCCCAUGCUGGAGGAGGUGCGACACAACAUUCGAAAGUGCCUGGCUCGUCAAAAGUCCGAGAUUGGCUACAACCUGGCCGGUCUGCGGUUCAUCAAGCAAAACUGGGACCUGCAUCAUAAGAAGGAGUUUAUCGACGCUGUGGAGGCCAAGGAGGCCGAGGAGAGAUCGCAGAAGAAGCGUGCUUUUGGCACGGUUGUUUAA